AUGACCGAGGAGGUUCCGGCUGCGCUCGCUGCUGAUCUUCAGCCUGCCAAGGCUCCGGCGAAGAAGGCCAAGAAAGCCGCGGUCAAGGCGCGGAAGCCUCCGGGCCCCAGCGUGACGGAGCUGCUGACCCAGGCGGUGUCGGCCUCCAAGGAGCGCAGCGGCGUCUCGCUGGCGGCGCUCAAGAAGUCGCUGGCGGCCGCCGGCUACGACGUGGAGAAGAACAACAGCCGCAUCAAGCUGGGCCUGAAGAGCCUGGUGACCAAGGGGACCCUGGUGCAGACCAAGGGCACCGGCGCCUCCGGCUCCUUCAAGCUCAACAAGAAGCAGGCGGCGGAGACCAAGGACAAGGUGGCCAAGAAGAAGCCGCAGGGCGCGUCCGGGGCGGCCAAGAGCAAGAAGCCCGCCGCCAAGAAGCCGGCCAGCGCCGCCAAGAAAGUCAGGAAGGUGGCGGCUGCGGCCAAGGGGGCACCGAGGGUUAAAGUGACCAAGCCUAAGAAGGCGGCCAGGAGCCCGGCGAAAUCCUUCAAGCCUCAAGCUAAAGCCAAGCCCAAGGCUUCCAAGGCGAAGCGCCCUGCCAAAAAGAAGUAA